AUGAUCGAACCCAUAGGGAAUCAGUAUGUGGUGGCCAGGCCGGUGUAUUCUGUAAACGCUUUUGGAGAAGAGCAUAAGAAGACGCCCAGACAUCACAAGACAUUUCUGUAUCAUCUCAAAAAUUAUUGUAGGUGUUCCACACAGAAGGCCAAGAAGAUUUUCCUGUCGUUGUUCCCCAUAGCAUCUUGGCUGCCAGCAUACAGAGUGAAGGAAUGGCUGCUGAGUGACAUCGUCUCUGGAAUCAGCACAGGACUGGUGGCGGUACUGCAAGGUUUAGCAUUUGCUUUGCUGGUCACCAUUCCUCCAGGCUAUGGGUUGUAUGCAGCCUUUUUCCCAGUCAUAACCUACUUUUUCUUGGGCACUUCCAGACACAUAUCUGUGGGUCCCUUUCCAGUUCUGAGUAUGAUGGUAGGAGCAGCAGUUGCAAGAGUAGCCUCAGAUGCCGGUGCCACUGCAGAACUGUCCACAGGCUCAGCAGAAAACGGGACAGUAGAUGAUCAGAGAAAGAUAAUGGUGGCUGCAUCAAUCACAGUUCUUUCUGGAAUCAUUCAGUUGCUCCUGGGGGUUCUGAAGAUUGGAUUUGUAGUGAUAUACCUAUCCGAGUCCCUAAUCAGUGGCUUCACCACAGCCGCUGCUAUUCAUGUUUUGGUUUCCCAACUCAAAUUCAUGCUGCAGCUGACAGUUCCGGCACACACUGACCCAUUCUCGAUUUUCAAAGUCUUGGAGUCCAUCUUCACCCAAAUUGAGAAGACUAACAUUGCAGACCUUGUGACAUCUGUGAUCAUCCUACUGGUUGUCUUUGUGUUUAAAGAAAUCAAUCAGCGCUACAAAAACAAGCUUCCAGUACCUAUCCCCAUCGAGCUCAUUGUGACUGUGAUUGCCGCAGGUGUAUCCUACGGUUGUAACUUUGAGCAGAAGUUUAACGUGGCCGUGAUUGGGAACAUGAGUCUUGGAUUUCAGCCCCCCAUUACACCCAGUGUGCAAGUUUUCCAGGACACCAUAGGAGACUGCUUUGGCAUUGCAAUCGUCGGCUUCGCCGUGGCUUUUUCAGUCGCUAGUGUCUAUUCCCUCAAAUACGAUUAUCCACUUGAUGGCAAUCAGGAGUUAAUCGCCUUGGGUGUGAGCAACAUAUUCACGGGAGCAUUCCAAGGAUUUGCAGGGAGCACAGCCCUCUCCAGAUCAGGGGUUCAGGAAAGCACAGGAGGCAAAACACAGAUCGCUGGUCUUAUCUCGGCUAUCAUCGUGCUGAUUGUAAUUGUAGCCAUUGGAUUUCUCCUGCAGCCACUGCAGAAGUCUGUCCUGGCAGCUUUAGCACUUGGAAACUUAAAGGGAAUGCUGAUGCAGUUUGCUGAAAUAGGCAGAUUGUGGCGAAAGGAUAAAUAUGAUUGUUUUAUUUGGAUCAUGACUUUCAUCUUUGCCGUUGUCCUGGGACUUGGGUUGGGCCUGGCAGCGAGUGUGGCCUUUCAACUCCUAACUAUCGUGUUCAGGACCCAAUUUCCAAAAUGCAGUACACUGGCUAAUGUUGGAAGGAGCAACAUCUAUAAGAACAGAAAAGAUUAUUCUGACAUGUAUGAACCCGAAGGAGUGAAAAUUUUCAGAUGUCCAUCUCCAAUCUACUUUGCAAACAUUGGUUUCUUUAAGCAGAAACUUACCGAUGCUGUUGGCUUUAAUCCGCUUCGAAUUCUACGCAAGCGCAACAAAGCUUUGAAGAAAAUCCGGAAACUACAGAAGCAAGGCCUGCUGCAAGUGACACCUAAAGGGUUUAUAUGUACUGCUGAUGGCUUAAAAGACUCUGAUGAAGAAUUAGACAACCACCAGAUAGAAGAACUGGACCAGCCCAUCAACACCACAGACCUGCCCUUUGAGAUAGACUGGAAUGCCAGUCUUCCUCUCAACAUUUUGGUCCCCAAAAUCAGCCUCCACAGCCUCAUCCUUGAUUUUUCAGCAGUGUCCUUUCUUGAUGUUUCUUCAAUGAGGGGUCUCAAAAUGAUUUUGCAAGAAUUUAUUAGGAUCAAGGUAGAUGUCUAUAUUGUUGGAACUGAUGAUGAUUUCAUUGACAAGCUUGUGAGGUGUGAAUUUUUUGAUGAUGAAGUCACAGACUCAAUAUUUUUCUUAACAAUCCAUGAUGCUGUUUUGCAUAUUUUGAUGAAGAAGGACUACAACACUUCAAAGUUCAGUUCCAGUCAGGAAAAAGAAAUGAAAUCUGACUUUACCAUCAACACAAAUGGAGGACUGCGUAAUCGGGAAUGUCUGGUGCCAGUUGAAACGAAAUUCUAAUCAAGAUGUAAUUCAGGAUUCUCAUCUAACUGUCCUAUCAAGAACAACUUUACACCUAGAAAGUUAUUGAUAAGUUCAUACACUGUAUGAAGGAUAUUUUUAUUUGACAGAAUUAUGUUUCAAACUUUGGAACGAGAUUGUUCUAGCAUGGUAUAUUUUUCACAUAUUUAGUAUGAAAUUAUGUAACUAUUCCUAAUUUUA